AUGGCGCCGGAAACGCUCGUCACGAGCACUGCGAUCGCGGUUGGUCUCUCGACGCUGAUAUCGCUGCGCUGCGUCGGUCGCAAGCCCCUAUCCGCGGCUGCGCUGCUAGCCGCCGUCCACUGCGCCGACAUCGAGUUUUACCUGAGGAUGCUGGUGGUCGAGCUGCUCGCGGCCUGGCGGCGCCAGCGCGCCGACGUGGGAGAGCCCGAUCGCACGCGCUACUGCUGCUGGCCCACCGACCUGGACCACUCGGCGAGUAUGAACCACGCCAAAUACUUGCGGUUUGUCAAUUACGCACAGCGCCAGUUUUGGAUGCGCAACGGCGUGUGGGCGGUCUGCAGGAAGCGCUCGCCGCCGGUCAGGCUCGUCGUCGCCGCCUCGACGCUGCGCGUGACGCGGCCGGUCCGCUGCUUUGAGCGGUUCGCCGUGACCACCCGGCUGCUUGCGUGGGACGACCGCGCCUUCUUCCUGCAGCAGACCCCUAGAUGCAUGGCAGCGCACAGCAGGCCUGUAGACAGUGGCAGCAGGCCUCUGGUUGCCUCGGGGCAUCGCCUUGCAGCAUGCGCCGCACACGCCCCAGGCUUCCGGAAGAAGAGGCACUGCCGCCUAGCCGCCCGGCGGGAGCCCUCGCUCUCAGAGCCCUCGCUCGUCAUCCUUUACGACAUUCUUUACGACAUAUCUCACAUCAUCUUCAACCCGUACACCGCUCAACUCUGCGUCGCCGCCUUCAGCUCCAGACCAGCCAUCACCCUCGCCACGUUACUACCUGGGGUCUGGGCCGCCGGCAAAGGGAAGAAGAAGAAGGAGCCGCCCGUCUAUGCUCUUUAUAUCCCUCGACUCGGACGCGGCAUCUUCAGCUGCUGGGAUCUCUGCGCUGCACAUGGGGCAAUCGGCGGCAGCGGAGCGAUCCACAAAAACCUCUACAACAAACUCUACAGCAAAAUCGCGCUCUACAUCGCUCUACAACGGAGGCGCAUCGUCACGCGGCGGAUGUAG